AUGAGUUUCCAAUUGACAGUUGCCGGUAAGGCACCUACAAUUCCAUACCCAGCUCUUAUUGCUGUUUUCUUCAUUAACUCAAGCAACAAAGAUAUUUCUAUUCCUGUUGAAUUUGUCGAUGAGAAACUGGCAACUAAAGAAGGAAGCGCAUCGAUCAAAUUGGUCACUCCAGGUGGAGAGACUUUCGUCGACCAGUUAGAUGCUUUGGACUACUUGGCACAAACAAUUCCUGAUAUUAUAAAAGAGAAAAGUAAAUCACAGCCAUGGGUUAAAUUUGCCUUGGAGAAGCUUUACAACAAAAACUUUAAAGAUUUGGCAUUAGAUUUGGAGAAGCUUGAUGCUCACUUGAACUUUAGAUCAUUUGUUGUUGGAUACCAAGUUACUUUGGCUGAUAUUGCUGUAUGGGGUGUAUUACGUGCCAACCCAUUGAUGGCCUCUGUUUUGAAGAACGAAGUUUAUCCAAACGUGUCAAGAUGGUACAACUUUUUGGCUGAAAGCGACAAGAGAUUCGAAAAAUCUGCCGAGUUCCUUUCAAAUUCAUUGAACGAGUUGAAAAAGGCAGCUAAAUCUGCAAAGAGUGCAGGUGGCAAGAAGGAAACACACAAAGCCAAUUUUGAAAUUGACUUGCCAGGCGCCGAGAUUGGCAAAGUUGUUACCAGAUUUCCACCCGAACCUUCUGGAUAUUUGCACAUUGGACAUGCCAAGGCAGCAGUUUUGAAUGAAUACUUUGCACACGCAUACAAAGGUAAAUUGAUUAUCAGAUUUGACGACACCAACCCUACCAAGGAGAAAGUUGAGUUCCAAGAUUCAAUCAUUGAAGAUUUGGCAUUAUUGGGAAUCAAAGGUGAUCAAGUCACUUAUUCCUCAGACUACUUCCAAAAAAUGUAUGAUUUGGCUGUUGAUUUGAUCAAGGCUGGAAAAGCAUACUGUGAUGACACACCAUCAGACAAGAUGCGAGAGGAGAGAAUGGUUGGUGAUGCUUCAGCAAGAAGAGAAAGAUCUAUUGAGGAGAAUUUGAGAGUCUUUACCGAAGAGAUGAAGAACGGUACUGAGGAAGGUUUGAAGAACUGUUUGAGAGCCAAGAUUGACUACAAAGCUUUAAAUAAGGCAUUGAGAGACCCUGUCAUUUAUAGAUGUAACUUGACUCCACACCACAGAACCGGAACCGAAUGGAAGAUUUACCCAAUCUACGACUUUUGUGUUCCUGUUGUUGACUCAAUUGAAGGUGUUACACAUGCAUUGAGAACCAACGAGUACAGAGACCGUAAUCCGCAAUAUGAAUGGAUCCAAAAGGCUUUGAACUUGAGACCCGUUGCCAUUUGGGAUUUCGGAAGAGUCAAUUUUGUUAGAACCUUGUUGUCCAAGAGAAAGUUGCAAUGGUUUGUUGAUAAAAACUAUGUUUCCAACUGGGAUGAUCCUAGAUUCCCUACUGUUAGAGGUGUGAGAAGAAGAGGUAUGACUGUUGAAGGUUUGAGAAACUUUAUUAUCUCGCAAGGUCCUUCAAGAAACAUCAUUAACUUGGACUGGUCUGUUAUUUGGGCAUUGAACAAAAAGAUUAUUGACCCUGUUGCUCCAAGAUUUACUGCAAUUGAUGCUAAGAAUGCUGUGCGUGUCAAAUUGCUCAAUGGUCCAAACGAGCCAUACACAGAGAAGAAGCCAAGGCACAAGAAGAACCCCGAAGUUGGUGAAAAGAAUGUUGUUUAUGCAAGUGAUCUUUUGAUUGACCAAGCAGAUGCUGAUUUGACAGAAGGCGAAGAAGUGACUUUUAUGGACUGGGGUAACGUUAUUGUUUCAAAGGUCAACAAACUGGGGGACAUUGUUGAAUCUAUUGAAGCUAACUUGCACUUGGAAGGUGAUUUCCGUAAGACAUCAAAGAAGCUUACUUGGUUGGCAGACUCCAAGGACAAGAUUGAUGUUGAUUUGGUUGAUUUUGACCAUUUGAUCACCAAAGACAAGUUGGACGAGGAAGACAAUUUUGAAGAUUUCCUUACCCCAGAGACUGAGUUCCACACUAAAGCCAUUGCUGACGCCAAUGUGGCCACCCUUCAAGCUGGUGACAUUAUCCAAUUUGAGAGAAAAGGUUACUACAGAGUCGAUGUGCCUUACAAGGAAGGUCAACCUGCUGUUUUGUUCACCAUUCCUGAUGGUAAAGCCGUCUCUAAGUAUGGUGCAAAGAAAUAA